UGUGAUUUGGAGCUUCAGCACAACAUGAGCCUUCUCCUAGCCUUGGAGCUGCUGCUGCUCCUGCUUGCCUUUCCACGCCUUUCUUCCGCCUCCAAUUCUACAAAUUCAUCACUGGACCGGCAAGCAGAGGCACUUCUCCAGUGGAAAUAUAGCCUAAGCUAUUGGUGCUCUGAUGUGGACUAUGGAGAAAGGGAACCAGUCCCUGUAACUGGAGCGGCGUUGCCUGCAGCAACACUCUGCUUCGUGGCCAUGACCAGGGUGAUGCUUCCCUAGUUGUGUCCAACAUUUCGCUUGUGUACUGUUACCUUCAAGGCAGGUUGGACAGUCUCCACUUUGCAGACUUGCCUCAUCUUGUCCAUCUGGACCUCAGCGACAACUCUCUCUGGGGCUCAAUCCCAUCAAGCAUUGGUGCUCUCACCAAGCUCACUCACUUGGAUCUAUCCAACAAUGGCCUGAGCGGAUCUAUCCCAACAUCCCUAGAGUUGCCUCGUCUUGUCUUUCUGGACCUCAGAUACAACACUCUCCCCGGCCUAAUCCCAUCAAGCAUUAGUUCUCUCGCCAAGCUUGAAUACAUGGAUCUAUCGGGCAAUAGUCUUCAUGGACCCAUCCCAACAUACCUAGAGUUGCCUCGUCUUGUCCAUCUGGAGCUCAGAUACAACACUCUCUCAGGCCUAAUCCCAUCAAGCAUUGGUGCUCUCGCCAAGCUCGAAUACUUGGAUCUAUCGCGCAAUCUUCUUAAAGGACCUAUCCCAUCAUUCAUAGCUAAUUGUACUAAACUAACCUCUCUCAAAUUUUGUCAUAAUCUUUUGAGCAAAGGAUCCAUUGUAGGCAAUCGGACGAGUUUACGAUACUUAGAUCUUUCCAACAAUCUAAUAAAUGGUCCAUUCCCUUUAACCAUUCUGAAAUUAGCCUCUCUAACAACGCUAGCACUUCGAUCCAAUCAGCUUAACGGCCUAUUACCAUCAUAAAUUGGAAAUCUUAAUAUUCUCUCUCAUCUGGAUCUUUCCAACAAUCGGAUCAUGGGUUCCAUCGGAAGCAUAGGAAAUCUAACAAGUUUAGAGUUCUUCGAUCUUUCAAACAAUCAAAUAAAUGGUUCCAUUUCUUCGACCUUCUCGAAAUUGACCUCUGUUACAACACUGUCACUUGGGUCCAAUAAGCUUAGUGGCUUAUUACCACCAGAGUUAGGAUCUCUUAUUCAUCUCACUCGUCUGGAACUAAGUAGCAAUCAGUUUGAAGGAAGCAUUCCACCUCAGAUAGGACAUUGCCACCUUUUAACAUCGUUACUCAUAUCGGACAACUUUUUGACGGGUGAAAUCCCACAAGAACUUGGGUAUCUCACCAACCUAUAUGAGAUGGAUUUGAGUAGAAACAAUUUAAGUGGUGACAUUCCAGCGACCUUUUCUAAUCUUCCCAGACAGGCUAUGCUGAUUUUAGCAUAUAAUAGUUUGACUGGCAAAGUUCCAUCUAUCACAGCCUCAAUCUUACUUUACCAUAAUAAGGAUUUAUGCGGUGAUUCCAAUCACUUAAUGCCAUGUGAAACACUGAAGCUUGACAUGAACCACCAAAGCAGAAAACAUCCACGUAUGGUACUUCUUGCGUUUUUUGCACCCUUUUCCUUCGCUUGCCUCUCAAUAGCAAGCAUCACGGUUAUUUGUAGGAGAAACAAGUGUUCAAAAAGUAAAAGGAAAAGCAAGUCUGGAGAUAUACUUUCAAUAUGGAAUUUCGAUGGGAAGAUCGCAUUCGAAGACAUACUCACUGCAACUGAAAAUUUCGAUGAGAAAUAUUGCAUUGGCAUUGGAGGCUAUGGAACUGUCUUCAGAGUCGAGCUCGAAGGCGGGGUUACCUUUGCCGUCAAGCUCCUGCAUUCAAUGGAAGAAUUCAACGACGAGGAAACAUUUCACGCUGAGAUUGAAGUGUUGACAAAAAUCAGGCACCGAUGCAUCGUCAAGCUGUAUAGCUUCUGUUCACACUCCCAAUGCAAAUUUCUCGUGUAUGACCUUAUUGAGAGGGGAAGCUUAUCAUCUAUUUUGCACGAGCAAGAGCUAGCAAAGGAGCUGGACUGGUCAAAUAGAAUUGCUAUUGUGGCGGACGUAGCUCAAGCUCUCUCCUAUUUGCAUCAUGAUUGCGAUGAUCCUAUUGUGCACCGGGACAUAAAAAGCAGCAACAUUCUUCUGAACCGAGAUUAUAAAGCUUAUGUCUCGGACUUUGGCAUGGCGAGGAAGCUGAAGCAUGGUUGCUCAAGCUGGAGCACUAUCUUCGCAGGGACAUGUGGCUAUAUAGCCCCAGAAUUGUCAUCCACCAUGGUGUUGACCGAGAAGUGUGACGUGUACAGCUUCGGUGUGGUUGCGCUGGAAGUUGUGAUGGGAAAGCACCCAGGUGAUCUGCUCCUUCCGUUCUUCUGCCGAACAGAGCAGCCGGGGAAGUUCAACGAUAUCCUGGAUCGACGCAUUGCAGCGCCGUCAACCAUUCAUGAGAAGGAUGUUAUUUUGGUUGCCUUGGUGGCCUUUGCUUGUCUGCAAGUCAAUCCCAAAUCCCGGCCAAGAAUGCAGCAGGUGUAUCAGGCACUGACAAGUAGAAACCGACCGGCUUUCAUGCCCAUGCCCCUUCAUGAAAUCAGCCUGCAAGAUUUGCACGAUUACUGUGGCACCAUAAAGAAUAUAUGAAGCUAUAUAGCUAAUCUCGUGUAUAUUGGCCUGUGUAUUUGUAUUUUUGGGUGGACUUCAAGGACAGAAGGACGGAUAACAUCCUUUGUAUGUUGACUUAAUAUUGUUACUAGUAAUUUCAGUA